CUAGAGAACUGCAGGAUGGCCCCCGACCCCUGGUUUUCAGUGUAUGAUUCUGCUUGCCAAAUCGCACAAGAGAUUGCUGAGAAUAUUCAGCAACGAAAUCGGUAUGAAAGGAAUGGUGAAACUACAACCAAGCUUACCGUGACAAUCAGAGCUUUGUUGCAGAAUCUGAAGGAAAAGAUCGCCCUUUUGAAGGAUUUAUUGCUAAGAGCUGUGUCAACACAUCAGAUAACACAGCUUGAAGGAGAUCGAAGACAGAACCUCUUGGAUGAUCUUGUAACUCGAGAGAGAUUACUUCUGGCAUCCUUUAAGAACGAGGGUGCAGAGCCAGAUCUUAUCAGGUCCAGCCUGAUGACUGGAGGGGCCAAACGAGAAUUACCUAACCCUUGGCUCUUCGAGGAGCCAGAGGAGACAAGAGGCUUGAGUUUUGAUGAAAUUCGGCAACAGCAGCAGAGAAUUAUUCAAGAACAGGAUGCAGGCCUUGAUGCCCUUUCUUCUAUCAUAAGUCGCCAAAAACAAAUGGGACAGGAAAUUGGGAAUGAACUGGAUGAACAAAAUGAGAUAAUCGAUGACCUUGCCAACCUGGUGGAUAACACAGAUGAGAAACUUCGCACUGAAACCAGACAUGUGAAUUUGGUGGACAGAAAGUCAACAUCCUGUGGGAUGAUAAUGGUGAUUUUAUUGUUGCUCGUGGCUAUUGUGGUUGUUGCAGUAUGGCCUACCAGCUAACAAUCAAGGGACCACCAACUGUGAUACCUGCCAUGAUGGAGAAAAGUACAGCUCCUUUUUGGUACAAGAAAUAAAUGCCCCCUAUCUCUAAACUCUUGCUGUGUG